AUCUCGUUUCAAAUUCGUGUAGCAAAUUGCAACCAACUUCAUCGUUGUUUUCCGGUGUUUUUUUUGGUUAAACUAAAAAUAAUUUUUGCAAUUCGUGCAAAAAAAUCGUGUUUUGACUGAAUUUGAAAAGAAAACAAUCCUAAAAACCCUUUUGCGAAAUGUCUAAUCCACUUGGAAUUCGCGUGAACAAUGAGAGUUUCCUGAAUGAAAAUGAGCAAGAUGCUAAUUCUUCAAUGACUGAAUUAGAUAAAGGAUUGAGAUCAACUAAAGUUGGGGAACAAUGUGAGGCUAUUGUGAGAUUCCCCAAACUGUUCGAGAAGUAUCCAUUUCCCAUUCUAAUUAAUUCGUCGUUCCUAAAGUUGGCGGAGUUUUUCCAAAAUGGGUCAAAUUUACUGCGACUCUGGGUGCUCCGUGUGUGCCAGCAAAGCGAGAAGCAUCUGGACAAGAUUCUCAGUGUGGAUGAAUUUGUGAAGAGAAUCUUCUAUGUGACACAUUCAAAUAAUCCCAUCGAGAGAGCACUGGCCAUAAGAACUCUGGGUGCUGUUGCUAGAAUCAUUCCGGAAAAGCAGCAGGUACAUCAUGCGAUACGUCAAGCUCUGGACAGUCACGAUAUGGUGGAAGUUGAGGCUGCAAUCUAUGCUAGUGUUCAAUUUGCUGCACAAUCAAAGACUUUUGCCAUCAGCAUGUGCUCGAAAGUGGCCACAAUGAUUGAGUCCCUGAAUACGCCGAUAAAUAUGAAGCUGCAACUUAUACCAGUGCUAAGGCACAUGCACCACGAUGCAAAUACAGCAGCACUCGUGAAGACACUCUGUAUCAAUUUGCUCCCAAAAUAUCCAUCGGAGAACUUUGUGGUGGUUAUUUUGGAUUCCCUAUCGAAGUUGUCGUGCCAAACGCUAGUUGACAUCCCAGAUCAGGUGAAUGUGCUGCUUGGAUACCUUUCGGAUCCACGACGGAAGGUGCGCUACCAAGUGCUGCACUCUCUACAGUGUCUAGCUGAGAUUGGAGCUCAUUUGUGGCCCAGUGGCACUGUACGGGAUCUCUUGACCAUUGCCAGAGCAUGUGAGGAUGAUGGAAAUGAGCAAAGUCUUAUUCUAGCUGUUGUUUUAACUCUCACUCGAUGCCCGAUCACCUGUCACUCACUGUUGUCGGAAGAGCAGCAGUUAGUGCAUAAUUUGUGCUCCGGAUGUCUCAUGUUGGAACAUCAUAGUGCCAGUGCAAGGGCCCUUGCUAUUUUAACAAGUCUCAUUAAUUACUGCCACGCUGAGCAUACAGUUCCACCUGCUUCAUACAUGAAUCUUAUAAAUCUCCACCUUGAGAGUCUCAUUGUAACAUCUCUACCGCAAGAAAAACUUACCAAGGAAUUCUCACAAUACCUCAAAUGUGGUGUACUACUUUCAGAGAAUGAUCCCGAGUUUGGAGAAACUUUUGUCGAUCUCAUGGGCAGUUUGCUGCUAGAUCAGUUUGUAUACUGUGAAAAACACACUGUGCUCAUUUGUGAGACAUUUGCUGCCAUAUGCUCCCAGUUCUCUACUAACAAAUUCCCCGCUUUAGUUCAACCGUACACACCAUCAGGUAUAGGCGAGGAGCGUAUGGACGUUGACGAAGGACAUGAAGCGAAGAAUCCCAUUCAUAGCCUUCUUCCUGACAUUUUGCGUAAGCUUGUCUUCCUUGUGGACAAAGGACAAGCUGAGAAGAAUGUUCAGUUUAUUGAGUUAAUGUGUGCGGUGUGUCUACAAUCGCAUCUUGGAGCUGCUAUUCCGGAGAACGUCUUCAAUGCAAUGGAGAGAGUAGUAGGUGCCAUUAACUGCUGGUCACAGUAUCGCAUUGCAAGAUCAGCCUCACGGUACGGCCAUCACUUUUUCUCAGCAAAGAUCUAUGCCAAACUAGCAGGUGUAGUGUCCCUUGAGAAGUUGCACUUCUUCCUCAUUGCUUUAUCACAAAUCUCAAAGGCUGAGUGCGUCCUCAUGUAUGGCAGAGAAUUCGAAGAUAUUGCAAAGAAGUACAGUACAUUGAACACGGAGGAGUAUUUGCCUCUGUCACAGCGACUGGAAAAGGCAAUUGCUCUAUACUGGAAAGCUCUGGCCACACUCAAGGCAAGCUCAUCGCCCAAUCACCCAAUGACAUUCCAAUCGGAGUUUAUUCGUCUUCGAGGUCAAUUUCUUGAGGCUCUCUUUACCGCAGUUAUCACGAAGAAUACGCAAUUGAUCACUCUACCACCUGCCAUUGCACAAAGUUUGGCUCAAAAUUCCCGAGAUCAUUUGCAAAUGUAUGGUCAUGUUACCAAUCAACUGAGGAAGACUGUGAAGACAUUUAAAGUAUGCGAAGAUUCUUACGCCAAACUCUACAAAUCUGCAUUUGAUGCAGAUCCGUGUACAUUGCAAUAUCUGCAGUUGGCACAAUUUCUUUGCAGCGUGUUGGGAAAUUCUGUGGAGGCAGUUUGUUUCGUUUCACCAUCAGAUUCUCCAAAUCAACCCACUGAGGGUGUCUACCCCGAGACUCGACUCUUCCUCCAUGGAUGCCAACGGAUUAUCAAAGAAAUGCAGAAACUUCCUAAAGAAAGUGGCAACAAGAAGUCCAUAACGACGGAACAUACACAAGUGCUCCUCAAUCAAAUUGAAAUGGCCAUGAGUAUGCCACUAUGCAUUCCUCGGUUCUUCUUUCAAGUUCUCCAAAAUACAUCUAUCAAGCUCUCUGUGCUUCCACAACCAAGGGCAGCAGGAGAACCAGUUAAUUUGCAAACAAACAGCAGUCUCGUGGUAAAAGUUGAAGGUGUCAUUCAACACAGUGGAACUAAGCCUAGUAUGUUUCGUUCAAUUGAUUCUGUGCAACUUACUUUGGUUGCUCAGCUGCACUCUCAGCGCCCCAAUGAGAUGAAGCCACAGAAUGAUAUUACAAUGACGCAAACUGUGAAGCCGCAUAGGGAUUUUCUUUCCGGGAGUUUCUUAUUGCAACUCAAUAACAUCCAGACAACUUCAAUGGGAACACCAAUAUCAGUUGGUGGCCAAUGGCAAGUAACCGUUGAAGCGUGUGUUAUAGAUAAAUCAGGAGCUCUUUGGAAUACUGGACCUAAGAGCACUCUUUUGGUACGAGUUCCAGAUGAUCAGAACAAGAGAAUAUACUUCUAAACAAAAGAUUGCAGAAAACUUAAGCUGAAUUAAAAUUUGAAGUUCUCCAAAAAGAAAAGUUGAAGCCUCAAAAAUAAAAUUUCUUUACAUAAAUGGUAUGACAAAAAAAGUUACAUUUUAUAUUUCUUUCGUAAAUAUUGUUAUUGAUUCAGUAAAACUUAUCAUACCACUAAA